AGUGAAGAUCUCACAUUGCUAAAUCGCGUUCUAUACAAAAUAAAUUAUUCUCGAAGAUCCUUAAAAUAAUUAAAUUCACAUUCAAUUGUGCGGAUCUUCAUAUAAAAUAAAAUUAUUAUUAAAUUUAAAUUAAAACAAAAAUUUAACCCAGAAAAAAACAUCCCUUUUUUGAUUUUUCAUCAAGUUUAGGAACAAGAUAUUUGUGAAUUUUUAAAAAGAUAAAUAUUUAUAACUUAUAUCAUUUUUAAGACUUACUGUGAGAAAAAAUAAAGUGUGUGCAAAAUGCUUACCAAAUCAAUGAUCACUCUUAUAUUUCUAAGCUUUGGUGUUAUAAGCGCGAUCGCGAUACCGUCUUCACGUCUGGUAAAUUCUUGCAAUUGUGUUUGUGGAGUUCAGGGCCGUUCAAAUCGAAUUGUAGGUGGAAAAGUAUCUGCACCGCAUGCCCAACCUUGGCUAGCCGGACUAUGGCGUCAGGGAAAAUUGUAUUGUGGAGCUACAUUGAUUUCACGGAAUUUCUUAGUAACGGCGGCUCAUUGCGUGUACAGUUUUAGCCCGAAUGAGAUUCGUGUGUAUCUUGGAGGACAUGAGAUUUCCAAGGAUUACACAGAAAUUCGUCGCAUCAAGGCCAUUCACGAUCAUGAGUACUUUGAUGUUGUGUCAUUUAAUAAUGACGUAGCGUUGAUUGAAUUGGAUCGACCGGUACAGUUUGGACCAAAGGUGCAGCCAGCUUGUCUACCAAGUGCUGGUGACGCCGAUUAUUCAGGAGUUGUUGGCCUCGUUGCUGGUUGGGGUAAGACUGGAGAAAAGGAGAAAACCUCACCAGUCCUGCAAUCAGUUUCAGUGCCAGUUUGGUCUCAGGAACAAUGUAAGGAAGCUGGUUAUGGCAAGAAACGCAUUACUGACAAUAUGAUGUGUGCUGGUUAUCAUGAUGGCAAAAUUGAUGCGUGCCAAGGAGACAGCGGUGGUCCAAUGUUGAGGGAAGCAGCAGCUGGCAGCACUGAAAUCAUCGGUGUAGUUUCAUGGGGUCGAGGUUGUGCCCGUCCCAACUUCCCAGGAAUCUAUACAAAAUUGAGUAACUACGUUCCAUGGAUGCAGCGUAAAUUGUCAAAUGAAUGUCUGUGCACGCCAAAGAGUUCACAAAAUAAUUACAUUGAUUAUAUUAUGCAACAAUGGCUGCACAAGAUUGACGUUGCUUUAGUAACGGAAACUUGGCUUGAUAACUAUAUUCACUUGACUUCACCUAAUUUUAAGUGCUAUCGAGUUGAUAGAACUGAAAAACAGGGUGGUGGAGUUGCAAUUCUCAUCCGAAAAUCAAUUCGACAUUCGCUUUUGCCAGUAAUUCGAACUAAACUAAUAGAAAAUAUUGGUAUUGAAGUCCAAUUAAUGAAUCGUAAGACAGUCAAAAUAUAUUGCGUGUAUUUUCCAGGUGGCUCAUCAUCGUUGGAAAAAAGAUUAUGCUUGAAUCACGACUUGAGAAAACUUUUCGCUGUGGGUGGAGACUUUCGUAUUGGUGGUGAUUUCAAUUGCAAACACACAGAAUGGGGUUGCAUUAGGGCAAACUCCUUUAGAAAUAUUUUAUAUGAUCUGUCCAAUACUUUACCAGUAAAUGUGUUGUUUCCUCCCAGCCCUACUUAUGUUCCCAAUAGUUCUCGUGGAAGUCCCCCUGUUCUCGAUAUUUUUGUAACAAAUGUGUCUAGUCAAUUAACCUCACCUAUUACUUUAAAUGAGCUCAGCUCUGAUCAUUAUCCUGUAUUAUGUGAACUUCUUUGGUCGGGAAUAAAACAAGAACUACAUUACCUAGAUUUCAAAAAUGCAAACUGGACACGUUUUAGGUCAAUUUUAAAAAGUAAACUUCGUAAUAUUCCUACUGGUCUAGAAAGUGUAAGCAGCAAGAAUGAAGUUGAUAACAUUGUGCAUAACUAUACACAAGACAUUAUUGCCUCUGUUAAUCGAUGUGUUCCAAAAGUUAUUAAAAAACCAUUUCACCAAAGUCUCUCGCCGCAUAUAUUGGAACUUAUAAAAAAUAGAAACAUUCAAAGAAGGAACUGGCAAAGAUAUCGCCAACCUAUUUUUCGUGAUAACGUUACAUAUUUGAAUCGCCAAAUCUCUUAUGAAUUACUAAACAAAAGAAAUCUUGUUUGGAAUAAUAAACUACGUUCCUUAGAGAAAAAUGCAAAACCAUUCUGGAAUAUUGUAAAAAUUGUAAAAAACAAAAAUCGACAGGUUCCUUUUCUGAAAAACGAUUCAAGAAUCCAUUAUACGGAUUUGGAAAAAGCUAAUGCUCUUCCUCUUAGUUUCUCCCAAAACCAUUCUGUAGCACAACACCUAGGCGAUGUUUCAACAGAUCUUAUGGUAGAUACAACUAUUCAAAACUUAAACCAGAUGAUUUUUGACACACCACAAAAUAUGUUAGCAACUCAAGAAGAAGUAGCUGCAGUUGUUCACACACUUAAAACAAGGAAAUCUAGUGGGCUCGAUCAAACAUGUCCAUGGAAAAAGCGUCACAUCAGUUGGUUUUGGAAGGCUCAUUCUCUCGCGUCAUUCUUCUUGAAAGUUAUCGGUCGUUUUGUUUUUUUACUUAAAUACUUAUUUGAAGUGUGUUUUAAUAAAAAUAAAAUUUUGAGAAAAAAUAGUUUUUAUUUUAAAUUAAAAAUGUUAAAUUUACUUAAAAUUACAGUUUUUACUGUUCUUACUUGUAUCUUACUUCAUCCAACAAUAUCCGCAGAGAUUCCCACCCCGCCGCAUGAUGAUAUCGUCGGAGCAAAGCCAUCCACCGACUCCGACCAUCCAAUACGUGCUUCACAGCGUCAAUUUAUAGAAUGGGUGCUCUCUCUCAUAAGCCAACGACCACCCUUCGGGGGCUUGAGUACCACCACAUCAACAUCAACAUCAACCACCACUGAGACGACAAGUACCAGUAUGUCAACAGCCGCCCCAGAGAAAAAUUGCUCAGAUUGUGUUUGUGGUUUGGCGAAUAAGAAGAAACGAAUCGUUGGCGGGCAGGAAACGGAAGUUAACCAAUACCCCUGGAUGGCACUGCUCAUGUACAAGAACCGAUUCUACUGUGCGGCCAGUUUGAUAAACGACCGCUAUGUCAUGACAGCCUCCCACUGCAUCCAUGGCUUCAAGGCGGAUCAAAUAACAGUCCGUUUGCUAGACCACAGCCGGAGUAUGAAUCAUCCGAAUAAGAUUGACAGAAAGGUGGCAGAAGCUAUUGUCCAUCCCAAGUAUAAUUCGAGAACAUUUGACAGUGACAUUGCCCUAUUGAAGCUUGAUGAACCGAUUGAAAUUAAGGACAGGUUACGCCCGGUGUGCAUGCCACCAGUUGGAAAGGACUUUGCUGGAGAAACUGCUAUAGUCACAGGAUGGGGAGCCACAGCCGAGGGUGGUUCAAUUUCGGAUACUCUGCAGGAAGUCCAUGUCCCGAUUUUAUCACAUGAAGAAUGUAUGAAGAGCAAAUAUGGGUCAUCAAGGAUUACCGAAAAUAUGCUCUGCGCUGGCUAUGAAGAGGGCAAAAAGGACUCAUGUCAAGGUGAUAGUGGAGGACCUCUGCAUGUUGUCCAAGGUGAACAACAUCAACUUGCGGGUGUUGUAUCUUGGGGUGAAGGAUGUGCCAAACCAAAAUAUCCAGGAGUUUAUGCCAGAGUCAAUCGUUUUGGAUCUUGGGUGAAAAGUAAGACAGAAGAUGCUUGCUCAUGUAAUGCAGAGGUUAAGAAAUUUAAGAAUGCAUGAAUUUAAAUAUCCGUUCUACUACUUAUAUGUAUAAGAUAUUUAUUACUAUUUAAGGAUCACUUUUAUUUAAUUAACAAUAAUGAAAUAAAUUCUGGA